AUGGCCGUAGCUGCGAUGGCCGAGCGGGGCCGCCUGCCUCCUGCCGUGCCCGCGCCCGCGCCCAGUACGGAGGGGCUGCCGCGCGCCUUCCUGCAGAGCCUGCGCACCCUCUUCGACAUCCUGGACGACCGGCGGCGCGGCUUCGUGCAUCUGCACGAGAUCGAGUCCCGCUGGCAGGGCGCCGACGCCAGCGAGCUGCCCCGCGGCGUGCUCGAGGGCCUGCGCCAGGUAGCCCCGGCCAGCGGCUACCUGACUUUCGAGCGCUUCGUGACCGGCCUGCGCACCUCGCUGCUGAACACCGACGGCGGCCCGCGGGACCCGGCGCGCGCCCAGGCCCGGCCCGGAGACCAACGAGCGCCGCCCCCGCCCCAGCGCCUGGUGUUCGCGCCGGCCGACGAGCCGCGCACCGUCCUGGAGAGGAAGCCGCUGCCCCUGGGCGCGCGCCCCGCGCCGGCCGGUCCCGGAGGCUCGGCCCGGAACCCCGAGCAGCUGUGCGGCCCAGCGGAGGUGGCCGCCGGCCCCACGGAACCCGAGCGGCCCCAGAGCUCGGCGCAGGAGCGGAGUCCCAGCGUGGACGCCGGUGCAGCUGUCUGCAAGGCCCUGGAGGUAGGCACAGGGGAUGCCCGGCGGGCUCCUCGGGCCCGAGGGGAACGUCGGAGGCACACGAUCACUAAUAGCGUGGACUGUGGCCUGCUGAAGCAGAUGAAGGAGCUGGAGCAGGAGCAGGAGGUGUUGCUGCAGGGUCUCGAGAUGAUGGCGCGUGGUCGCGACUGGUACCAGCAGCAGCUGCAGCGUGUGCAGGAGCGCCAGCGUCGCCUGGGCCAAAGCAGAGCUUGUGCAGACUUUGGGGCUCUAGGGAGUUCCCGCCCACUGGGGCGGCUACUGCCCAAAGUACAGGAGGUGGCCCGGUGCCUGGGGGAGCUGUUGGCUGCAGCCUGCGCUGGCAGGGCUCUGCCCUCAUCCACUUCAGGGCUCCCGGGCCCUGUCCUGCCCUCGGCCCCUGGCUGGCAGCAGCAAACCAUCCUCAUGCUGAAAGAGCAGAACCGGCUCCUCACCCAGGAGGUGACCGACAAGAGUGAGCGUAUCACCCAGCUGGAGCAGGAGAAGUCUGCCCUCAUCAAGCAGUUGUUUGAGGCCCGAGCUCUCAGCCAGCAGGACGUUGGGCCUCUGGACUCCACUUUCAUCUAG